UGGAGACAAACUCUGUGCUUCAUUACACGGUUCACGUAAGAGAACUUAAGACCCUGCUCAGGAGAACAGAACAUUGUGCUCAUGGUGGGAGUCUGCCAGGACCACUUAUCAGAAAAGAAAGCUUCUGGGAGAAACACUUGAGCAGUGCCCCGGGUUCAAAUCCGGUUCUGGGGCCUGUCCGUGCAGCUUGCACAUUCUCCUUCUUAGGGCCGUUGCCAUUGGGCUCCCAGGACUCGACUCACUGCACAAGUGAAGCAAUAAUAAUCUUUAUAAAAGAAACUUUUCUACUCCGUUAGAACCCAACCGGAGUGCUAAAGCGCAGGUGUGAUGACGUCAGCCGUUUUCGUUUAGAGUAGUGUUUCUUAAACAAGUCUGUGAUGGGUUAGGGCUAACCAAACCGCGGUUGGUUUCUCACUACUCUGAAAUGAUAAACAGUUCGGAAAAUCCACCGAUGUUUUUUUUGACAUGCAGAAGUUUAUUCCGCGUCAAUCUUGCGGAUUCGCCGCUCGACUACUCGGUACUUGAUUAGCGGCGUCUUCAGUGACGUAAUGCUCGAUCGCUGGGCGCUCUACUGAAAGGCAAUUCAAACUCCCGGGCGCGCAGCACUACCGGGUUUCCUCUGCUCGGGCAGCCUUCUCAAACGCGGCGCUAGCCUUGUCCCUUUAUGGCUUCUCAGGAGUACUCGCCCGUGGCUGCGGCAGUUGGUAUGGAUGAGAACUUCUUGUCGCUGGAUGACAUCUUAAUGUCCCAGGAAAAGCUGACGAGUCGAGUUGAAACGGUUUUUCCUCGUUUGGGAUUUUUGGAAAAAAGUUCGGAUGAGACCGACAUCGCCGUGGGUACGAAGUUGGAAAUGCCUCUCUGGCUGGUGAAGGGUCUUCAUGAUGGCAAGCGACGAAUUGUGUCUGUGGAGCUGCCAAAGAUUUACAGAGAAGGCUGGCGCACCGUCUUUAGUGCUGAUCCCAAUGUGGUGGAUCUCCAAAAGCUGGGGCCUUAUUAUUACAGUUUGGGUUUGCAGAUGCUACACUUUGACAGCCCAGAGAACCUAGAGAUUGCACAGACCCUCGUGCAGACUUAUGUUGGCCGCUUCCGGCGCAUCAUGGACUCUUCCCAGAAUGCUUACAAUGAGGACGUGUCUGCACUUGUGGAAAAACUGGAUGUGCUAGAGAGGAGCCUCUUUGGUGCUGGCCAGGCUGGUCUCAAUGGCUUCCAGUGCUGGGAAAAAGGACACGCCUCGCGGAUCACAGCAUCCAGCCUGGUGAAGAACUACAGGAAGAGAAAAUUUGCAGAUUUGGAAGUCUGAGAAAAUGAUUUUGCCCAGAAUGGCCUUUUUUGAUAUAUUUAGCCUGUUUUUGUCGUGUGUGGCAGCUCAGUUUUAAACGUCGGCCGCCACAGUCGUGCGACUCCAUUACAGCCUCGUCCUUUGAACCCAGAACACAUUUCAGCCUUUUAACUCUUAAUAUUUAUUCUUUGUAUUUUUAAAAUCUGUUUAUUACAGUUUACUACUCUUUUGCAGGAUUGUGUGAAAAUGACAAUUGUGGAAAUGUGUGUGGAAUCCAGCUUGUUGGCUAAUUGUUUGCAUUUACAGUAAAUUUGGUAUUCAGAUUUGACCAUU